AUGGCGAAGGGAGACUGGUAUAUCUAUUGGAUUUGUGCCGUUGCAUCACUGGCAAAUAUCUUCCAAGGAUUCGACAGCGGCAUAUACUCCAUCAUCAUCUCCGACCACAAAUUCACAGACUAUUUCCAUCUCUCAGAUGCCAGAGUUGGUGUUGUGGCCAGUAUGAUCAGCCUGGGCAACGUCAUUGGCAACCUCUUCGUGGCCUGGUGGCUCAUCUGGUACAUCGGCCGUCGCUAUGCUUUCAUCUACGGUACUAUCAUUCUCCUGGUUGGCGUUGCCCUCCAGGCUGGGGCCCGAGACUUCGCCAUGGUCGUGGUCGGCAGGAUCAUCGCCGGUAUUGGCACCUCAGUGAUCGGCACCAACCUUGCAGCAUACCAAGCAGAAGUCUCACACCCUCGAAUCCGCGGCAGAGUCGUCUCCUUUGUCCAGCUUUCUUACCAGGUCGGCGUCCUCAUCGCUUACGUUGUUGGUCUGGGCACAGUCAAGAUUUCGGGAAACAACUCAUGGCGAGUCGCCACCGCCCUGCAGGUCGUGCCGGGUGUAGUCUUGAUCAUUGCUUCGUUCACCAUCCCCGAAUCACCUCGCUGGAUCGUCGAACGCCACCCGGAACAAGCGGCUCGUGCUCUGAAAGAACUGUCAAGGGUCCGCAGACUGCCGCAAGAUCAUGACGAAGUGAAGCACGAGUAUGCCGAACUGGUGGCCGCCCGGGACUACCGCCUCGAGAAUGAAAACACACAGACCUGGUCGUACUUCCUCCGCUCGUUCCCCGUGUGGAAACGCAUCGCGUAUGGUAUGAGCACCAUGGCUCUGGGCCAGCUCUCAGGGGUCGGCGCCCUGAUGAUCUACGGCAUCCUGAUCUUCGAAGGGUUGGGCUUCUCCUCCGGUACCAUGUCACUGCUGUUGAAUGUGGUAUCCGGGGUUCUGUGCCUGGCAGCCACCGGAAUCACCACUGGAGGCGUGGACAAAUGGGGCCGCAAACUGACACUGCUGGCCGGCUCGGCAACCAUGAUCGUCAGCUACAUCAUCAUUGCCGCCUUGAAUGAUGCGUAUCCGACGGCCACGAACUUCAACCGCGGCGCCGCCAUCGCCUCGGUUGUAUUCAUCUAUGUCAUCCAAAUGUCCUACAGUGGUGCAAUGGGCCCUGUGGCCUGGAUCUAUGCGUCGGAGAUCUUCCCCACUCAUUUGCGCGACAAAGGCAUCAACGUUAGUCAAGCCGGCCAACAGAUCACGACGCUCUGGAUCAAUCAGGCUUGGCCGGUGAUGUUCUCAUCGGUUGGUCAUGACGCCUACUGGAUUCUGGUGGGUAUUAAUGCCCUGGGAUUUGUCGCCGUGUUCUUUUUGUGGCCCGAAACCAAGGGGAUCAGUCUCGAGCAUAUGGACCGUAUUUUCGGCGAAGUCGACAAGGUCGAGGCGCAGGUUGCUGCAAGGGGACUGUCCACCGUUGAGAACAUCCUUGAGACCGACUCGGUGAAGGGUGCUAUGCUGCACAGCGAGGAUGUCGAGCGCAAGUGA